CGCAUGCGCAAAGCGCAGCCGGCCCCGCGUAAAGAUGGCAGCGUCCAGUGCUCGCUGUGCUACACGGUGCCUGUCAGCCGGUUUGCCUGGACUUCGCAGCACCUGUGGGCUUUUGAAGUCCUUUAGACACGGAGAUAUUACGGCUUUGGCGAUAUGCGGUGCUCGCAGUUAUGUGACGAGAGUCAGUUUAAGCUGCUGGAGGAAUGAAAGAGGAGUGACAUUGAAGGGGGCGUCAGGGUUGAGAAGCCACAAUGUGUCCAGCUCUCAUUUCUUUCACACCACCUCUGUAUGUCAUCAGCAGGACUUCUAUGGGAUUCUGGGGGUUCCUCGGACAGCCACUCAGAAAGAGAUUAAGAAAGCGUACUACCAGUUAGCCAAGAAAUACCAUCCGGACACAAACCCAGAUGACCCCCAAGCAAAAGAGAAGUUUGCCCAGCUGGCAGAGGCGUACGAGACCCUUAGCGAUGAGCUAAAGAGGAAACAGUACGACACUUACGGUACAGCUGGUCCAAGCUCGAGUGGGGCGGGGCAACAGCAGUACUGGAGAAGCGGGGCCAACAUCGACCCAGAGGAGCUGUUCAGGAAGAUCUUUGGAGAGUUUGCGGGAGGGCGUGGCUUUGGAGACCUCAACUCCAUGUUUGACCAGACACCUGAAUUUGUGAUGGAGCUGACGUUCAUGCAGGCUGCUAAAGGCGUGAAUAAGGAGAUAACGGUUAAUAUAGAUGAUAUAUGUCCGCGCUGUGAUGGUAAAGGUCAUGAACCGGGAACUAAAGUCUCGCACUGUCACUAUUGCAAUGGAACAGGCAUGGAGUCUAUAAACACCGGCCCCUUUAUGAUGCGGUCUGCAUGUAGGCGGUGUGGUGGGCGGGGCUCUAUCAUCAUCACGCCUUGCAUCAUGUGCAGAGGAACGGGACAAACCAAGCAGAAACAGACAGUCAUGGUGCCUGUGCCUGCAGGUAUACAAGAUGGACAGACAGUAAAGGUGCCGGUUGGGAAGAAAUACAUGUACGUCACAUUCAGGGUCCAGAGGAGUCCAAUAUUUCGUCGUGAUGGGUUUGAUAUCCACUCUGAUGUCAUGAUUUCAGUAGCCCAGGCCAUUUUAGGGGGAACAGCUAGAGCACAGGGCCUGUACAGCACCAUCGACAUUGCGAUUCCUCCAGGCAUUCAGACAGACCAGAAGAUUAAACUGGCUGGAAAAGGCAUCCCACGCAUGAAUAGCUUCGGUUAUGGAGACCAUUAUGUACAUAUCAAAAUCCAAAUUCCCAAGAAGUUGACACAGAGGCAGAGGACGCUGCUGCUAAGUUAUGCAGAGGACGAAACGGAUGUGGAGGGAAAUGUUAAUGGAGUAACCAAACCAGCUGCAGCUAGCUCUCAGGACAGACAGACCUCAGAAUCGGCACAGAACAAAGACGAAGAGCCAGAAAAAGAGGAAGGUGGAUUUUUCUCUAAACUGAAGAAGAUGUUCUCCUGAAGGGAAGAAGGAAGGUAAAAUACUUUCACCGGACUGAACAUUAGGUGCUUGGGUUGUACUUCUCUUAUUUGCUUCGACGAAGGAAAGAAGUAUGCACACUAAAAAAGAAACACAAUCACCCAGCAGAGGGCAUCCAAGCAAUUCCCUCCGAAGAGAAAAAUCAGGAAUGAUACUGGUCUGGUCUGGUCACCAAUUUAAAACCAUUUAUCUACCUAUUAUCAACCUAAUGCUUAGCAUCCAUGUGCUGAUGUGUGCUGUUGUUUUUGUAGGGAAACACCUGAAUAAAUGUUUUACUAAAUA